UGUUGGCCAGAUUUCUCUAUUGACCUUUACCAGAUGUUAGGCUUGUGCUCGUCUGGCUUUGUCACAUUCUGGCCACUAAGUGUUCAAUGAUUAGGUGGUAGAUGGCAAUUUUGGAGCGAACGUGCGCAGGACCACACUGGACAAAAAGUCUGGCGUGUGUCAGUGGUGUGUGUGUGUGUGUGUGUACAGAACAGGAGUCCCACUCGCCCCCCUCUCCACCCCUUGCUGGCGCUGCAGCCAGCCAAAUCCGCAAGCAUCUUCAUCCUCUGCUCUGGCUGGAGUCAGGGAUGGGGGUGGUGUGUGUGUGUGUGUGUGUCCUUCAUUGCGGGUGUCAUACAUGUGUCAUCAUAGCGUGCGUGUCUGAAUGCAUAGGCUUGGGGAGUUGCAUGUAUUGAGCUUGUAUGUGAGUGUCCUCUUGAACCCCCCCAUCUCUUUGAUCUCAGAUGCUCUCUUUGCAGCUGAUCCAGUUACAUAUUAUUAUUAUUAUUACGUAACCAUAGCACACACACUACUCAGUGCUCCCUCUGAGUGCUGGUGUUGACAAGACCCUAGCUAUUUGUAGGGGAAAAGAUGAGAGGACAGGAGGUGGAGGGGAGAAGAGAUGAGAGGAGAGGAGAGCGUUAUGGACUGACUUUGAGAGAAUUUGGACUGGUAGUAGUAGUCAUGUUGGUGGUCAGACUCGGUUAUUAUUCAGGUUGACUCUACUCUGGCUGGCCCCAGCACUGAUGAUGCCAGUGGCUAUUGUCAUGCCUGGUUGAGUUUGAAGGGGCAUUAGUGGUGUGUGUUUUAAUGGUCAGGGCAGUGGUGUGUUUAGAGUAGUCACUUAUAUUGCCCUGGUCCUGACUCCAGGAAGAUUGUUGAAUCACUAAGCUCAGUGGACAGUCACAUCUGAAAAACAUGGUGCGGUAUGCUGUGUUUUUCACUGUAUCACAUAUUCCCAAAGGAAGCCAUUUUGUCUGGGCAAACAUCCAACUCAAAAUAGACUGUAAACAUCAGAUAAACACUUAUAGUCUGAUGAUUAUAAUAUGGCCAUUUUCAAACGUGGCCCAUGCUGGAAUCAAACCCACAACCAUAAGUGUUGCAAGCGCCAUGAUCCAACCUAGCCAGCCAUUGGAACCAAAUCAGCACGCAUCCGCCCCCCCAUCCUGAAUGGGCCCAUGCACCCCCGGCCCCUGGUGGCCCUGCUGGACGGGCGUGACUGCACCAUAGAGAUGCCCAUCCUGAAAGACGUGGCCACUGUGGCCUUCUGUGAUGCCCAGUCCACCCAGGAGAUCCACGAGAAGGUGCUGAACGAGGCGGUGGGGGCUCUGCUCUACCACACCAUCACUCUCUCUAGAGACGACCUGGACAAGUUCAAAGGCCUCCGAGUCAUCGUCAGGAUCGGCAGCGGCUUCGACAACGUCGACAUCAAAGCCGCAGCUGAGCUGGGCAUUGCGGUGUGUAACGUGCCGGCGUCGUCGGUGGAGGAGACGGCCGACACGUCCUUGUGUCUAAUCCUAAACCUGUACCGUCGGGUCACCUGGAUGCACCAGGCCCUGAGGGAGGGCACCAGGGCCUCCAGUGUGGAGCAGAUCAGGGAGGUGGCCGGCGAUGCUGCCCGCAUCCGGGGGGAGACGCUAGGCAUCAUCGGCCUGGGUCGUGUGGGCCAAGCAGUGGCUCUGCGGGCCAAGGCGUUUGGUUUCGGGGUGAUCUUCUACGACCCCUACCUGCCUGAUGGUGUGGAACGCUCCCUGGGCCUGCAGAGGAUGGCUACCCUCCAGGACCUGCUGAUCCACUCUGACUGUGUCUCUCUACACUGCAGCCUCAACGAACACAACCACCACCUCAUCAAUGACUUCACCAUCAAACAGAUGCGUCAGGGAGCGUUCCUGGUGAACUCUGCGAGGGGGGGUCUGGUGGAUGAGAAGGCUCUGGCUCAGGCCCUGAAGGAAGGACGUAUACGAGGAGCCGCACUGGACGUCCACGAGACAGAGCCCUUCAGUUUCUCCCAGGGCCCUCUGAAAGAUGCUCCCAACCUCAUCUGUACCCCCCAUACCUCCUGGUAUAGUGAGCAGGCCUCCAUCGAGGCCAGAGAGGAGGCAGCCAGAGAGGUGCGUCGGGCCAUCACUGGUCGUAUCCCAGACAGUCUGAAGAACUGUGUGAAUAAGGAGUAUCUGAUGGCAGCGUCCCAGUGGCCCAGUAUGGAGGUUGCUACAGUCCACCCCGAACUCAACAUAGCCUCCGCAUACAGGUUUCCUGCGGGUCUGAUCAGCGUGGCAGCAGGGGGUCUGACGGGGGCGGGUGCAGGGGUAGAGGCUCUGGCCCUGGCUCACGCCAUCGCCCCUGUGUCCCAUCCCCCCCACGCCCCAUCACCAGGGCAACCCAGCAAGGCUGAGGCAGACAGAGACAUCUCCUCUGACCAAUAGCACCCCAACAUUCCUCCGUCACCCCUGGAAACCAACAACCCCACCCCCUCCUCCCACCAUUUACAUCAUCAUCACCACCAACCUUCCUCACCGACCUCAGGCUGAUUGACACUGGGGUCCCGGUUUGAUCCGGUUUCAGCUGGAUCCUUCAAAACACAGUACCAGUCCAGGAGUGACCCGCCCGUCCACAACAUGCCCCCUCUACCCCUCCGGAACCCCUUCCUCGGACCUCCCUCAACCCCUCCCCCCUUACAUCCAUAUCCCUCCACACCAACACACCUUCAGCAAUAACUCUUCUCAAGGAUUCAAUAAUUGGAUUGGUAUAUUUCUAGAAUUUAUUUGUUUGUGAAAGCAAACAUUUUUUUUGCUGUUGAUCUGUUAUGAUUGUAGGUCUUUUUGUUUUGAGUAGCAUUUCUGCAGUGAGGCUGGACUGUGAGGCCAGCUGUUUUCUCCCUGGUUGUUGUGAUCAGUGAGAGAGGAGUGAAGGUUUGGCCCAGUGUUCAUUAGUCUGAUAUUACUGAUGUCUGUUUCUGACAUCUCUCUCUCUCUCUCUGUGUCUCUCUCUCUCUCUUGGUGUCUCUGUCUCUUUCUCGGUCUCUCUCUCUUGC